AUGCAGUCUCCGGUGAAUGAUUCCUCCGCCAGAGCGGGUUUCCAUACAGUGGAGAUCCAGAAAACGACGUGGGAAGUACCGGAGAGAUACACGGCGCUACGGGCGGUCGGCUCCGGUGCUUACGGGACAGUUUGCUCUGCCAUGGACCAGAAGACCAAGGAUAAGGUGGCCAUCAAGAAGCUGUAUCGGCCCUUCCAGUCCCUCAUCCAUGCCAAACGGGCCUAUAGGGAACUCAGACUGCUUCGUCACAUACAGCAUGAAAAUGUGAUCUGCCUCCUUGACGUCUUCACACCUGAUUCCUCGCUGGAAAAAUUCCAAACCUUUUAUAUUGUAAUGCCCUUCGUUGCCCAGGAUCUGGGCCACAUAAUGAAAAAGCGGAGGUUAACUGAUCGUAUCAUCACAUACCUCUUCUACCAGCUUCUAAGAGGCCUCAAGUAUAUUCAUUCUGCAGGGAUCAUUCAUCGGGAUCUGAAGCCUGGUAACCUCGCUGUGAGUGAGAACUGUGAAUUAAAGAUCCUGGACUUUGGUUUGGCAAGACAGACAGAGAGUGAAAUGACUGGUUAUGUUGUGACCCGCUGGUACAGAGCACCAGAGGUCAUAUUCAACUGGAUGCACUACAGUCAGACAGUGGACGUCUGGUCAGCCGCCUGUAUCCUGGCUGAGAUGAUUACUGGUCAGGUGCUUUUCCCCGGACACGACAGUAUUGAUCAGCUGAAGAAGAUCCUUCGUCUGACAGGAACACCGGAUUCCUCCCUGGUUCAGAAGAUGCAGAGUAAAGAUGCACAAUCAUUUGUUCAAGGUCUUCCUCCACUGAAGAAGAAAAACUUCAAAGAGGUGUUUCCGUCCAUGGAUGAAAAUGCUUUGGAUCUAAUGGAGGGGAUGUUGCUGCUGGAUCCAGAGACACGGCUGACAGCUAAGCAGGGACUGUCCCAGCCCUUCCUAGCUGAGUAUCAUGAUCCAGAGAGCGAGCCAGACUCUGGGCCUUAUGACGACUCUUUUGAGAGCAUGGAGCUCGCUGUUGGGGAGUGGAAGAAUCUCAUCCACUUAGAGAUCAUGACCUUUGACCCUGACAACCCCAGCAUGACAGCCAUGUAG